CACACAUGUGAGUUGUGUUUGUUUGGCUUUCGAAUUUCGUGACAAAUAUGCAGACUUUACGCGAAUUUACGCGUAAAACCAAACGCGGCAAUAUCUUAAAGAUAGUGCGUGAGCAUUACCUGCGAGAUGACAUAGGCUGUGGCUCGGACCUCUGUCAAUAUUGCAUGCAAAAUGAAGCAUACCAAUUGACUUCACAGUAUGAGAUCAAAAGCACGCUCUUCAAGUUUCCUCAUUAUAUUGUGUUGGACACCAAUGUGGUGCUGGAUCAAAUUGAUGUGCUCGAGGAGGAUGUGCUGCAUAAUAUAAUAGUGUUAACUACGGUAUUGAACGAAGUAAAGCACAAGUGCUCAUCAAUUUACAAGCGUCUCAAUGAGCUUAUACACGAUCGCACGCGGAAUUUCUAUGUGUUUGUUAAUGAGCAUCACCAGGACACCUAUGCGGAUCGGGAGCCGGAUGAGACAGCUAAUGACCGCAAUGAUCGCGCUAUACGCUUGGCUGCCAAGUGGUAUGAUACGCAUUUGCAAGCUUCGCAGGAGUCGAAGGCUUUCCAACGCACUGCACGUGCUGUAACACGUGUGGUGCUGUUAACCGAUGAUGCAGGCAAUCGCGCAAAGGCUGAAGCAGAGGGUAUUUUAGUAGCUAACGCAGCGGAAUAUGUCAAAUCCUUGGAAGACUUUCCUUUGCUAGUGGAUAAACUCUCGCAGAAGAGUUUUGAGAGCGAAAAGCAAGCGCUGCCGCAAUAUCCAGCACAUUUGAGCAUGAAAGAGCUGCUGGAUGGCUUGCGCCAAAAGAAAUUUCUACAAGGAAACUUUCAGGCAUCCAGAGAAAACUACCUCGAAGGCAGCGUCAAUGUCGAGCAGUAUGAACAAGGCAUUUUAAUACAAGGCCGCGAGUCGUUGAAUCGCGCAGUGGAUGGCGACAUUGUGGCUGUGGAGCUGCUGCCCGAGAGCGAAUGGUCAGCGCCCAGCGAGAUAGUGCUGGAAGAAACUAACGUCUAUGCGGAUGAUGUCCCCAGCGAAGAGCGUGUGGAGGAUGAGCAGGAUAUGUUGCAACAAGUGCAAGCAGCGCCGGCAGCAGAGCGUACACCCACUGGACGCAUUGUGGGCAUUGUGCGUCGCAAGUGGCGUCAAUAUUGUGGCAUCUUGCAACCCAGUUUAAUUGAGGAUACCACGCGUCACAUAUUUGUGCCCGCUGAUCGUAAGAUACCGCGUAUACGCAUUGAAACACGUCAGGCGGAUAAGCUGCAGAAUCAGCGCAUUAUUGUCACGAUUGACAGCUGGCCACGCAACUCACGCUAUCCACAUGGACACUUUGUGCGCUCGCUGGGUCCGCUGGGCAACAUGGCCACCGAGAAUGAAGUUAUUUUGCUCGAGCACGAUGUGCCCCACUGCAAGUUUUCAGAGGAAGUACUCAGCUUUUUGCCCAAACUGCCUUGGACCAUUACGCCAGAGGAUUAUGCCAAGCGUGUGGAUUUGCGCGACUUGCACAUCUGCUCUGUGGAUCCACCGGGCUGCACAGAUAUCGAUGAUGCGCUACAUUGCCGCGAGCUGCCCAAUGGCAAUCUAGAAGUAGGCGUGCAUAUAGCCGACGUCACACACUUUAUACGACCUGGCAAUGCUCUGGAUAAGGAGGCCGCGGCACGUGGCACUACAGUUUAUCUGGUGGGCAAGCGUAUAGACAUGGUGCCAGAGUUGCUUAGCUCCAAUCUUUGCUCGCUGGUAGGCGGCGUGGAGCGUUUCGCAUUUUCGUGCAUAUGGGAAAUGGACAAAGAGGCAAAUGUGCUGAAGAAACGUUUCCACAAGAGUGUCAUCAAGUCCAAGCGUGCCAUGACCUAUGAGGAGGCGCAGGUUUUAAUUGAUGAUGCGUCAGAGACGAGUGAAAUAGCCAAGUCGUUGCGUCAAUUAAAUCGUUUGGCCAAAAUACUAAAGAGACGUCGCAUGGACAAUGGCGCCUUGGUGUUGGCUUCGCCUGAGAUACGCUUUCAGGUGGACAGCGAAACGCAUGAACCGCUGGAUGUGGAGGCAAAGCAAAUGCGCGAUACCAACUCAAUGGUUGAAGAGUUCAUGUUGCUGGCCAACAUAACAGUGGCGCAACAUAUUGCUGCCGAAUUUACCGAGUGUGCAGUGCUGCGUCGUCAUCCUAAGCCACCGCCUACGAACUUUGAUCCUUUGGUCAAGGCAGCGCGCUAUCAGGGCUUCGAGGUGGAGACGGAAACAGGCCUGCAGCUAGCACAUUCGUUAGACAAAUGCGUCAAAGCAGACAAUCAUUACUUCAAUACAAUGAUACGCAUCCUAACCACGCGUUGCAUGAUGCAGGCUGUUUAUUUCAUCAGCGGCAGUCUGCAGAAGGAGGAAUACUUUCAUUAUGGCUUAGCUGCGCCCAUCUAUACGCACUUUACCUCGCCCAUUCGCAGAUAUUCUGAUAUUAUGGUGCAUCGCCUGCUGGCAGCCUCAAUUGGUGCUGAUAGCACCUACGCACAGUUGUUGGAGCGCAAGGCUAAUGAGGAGCUGUGCAACAAUCUGAAUUAUCGACACAAAAUGGCGCAAUAUGCUGCGCGCGCUUCUGUGGCACUCAAUACGCAUUUGUUUUUCCGCGGAAAGCAGGAGGAUGAAGAGGGUUACGUUUUGUUUGUGCGCAAGAAUGCGUUGCAAGUGCUUAUACCUAAAUAUGGCCUGGAGGGUACUUUAUAUUUGAAAAGCGACAAGGAUGGCAAGGACGGCUUAGAGCGCACCAAGAGCGAGCUAAUCUUUACAUUCAACGAAGAAGACCAUACACAGCGCUGUGGCAAUGUGGUAUUCCAUUCAUUUGAUCCUGUUACUGUUAGAUUAAGUCUAGACUCCAGCAAUGUGCAGCAUGAAAAGUUGGUUUUUAAAUUGGUCAAGCCAUAUAUCAAGGGCUUCAGCGUGGAAAGCGAUAACACUGCAGUGGAAGCUACUGCAGCCAACUCACAGCCACCAGCUAAGAAAACCAAGAAGGAUAAAAAGAAGAAAUGAAUAUUUGCUGUACAUUUUAAUAACUAACAUUGAAGCAUUGUUUA